GCAAGGAUCUCGAGGUUGCAAAAGUUUUCGUGAAUGUUGACUUGACGAAGGAACUGCCGAAAACCAUGAACUUCAGUUUUCAAGGAAAGGAAACACUUAUUGAGUUUACUUACUCUCGGUUACUGGCUAAGUGUACUGCAUGUGGGAAGUGGGGCCAUCUGUCCUUGGCUUGUCUCAGGAAACCAAUUGUUGUGUCUGAACGAGUGAGGGAGGAACAGAGCAGUGAUAAUAUAAAGGAAGUAGAGGAAACUCAGACUUCUAAGGAAGAAGUAGAGAUUCAGAAACCUGCAACGGAUGCUGCAAUAGAUGCAGCGUUUGAUACCGUCUCAGGUGAUGGGGAUGCAACAGUUACAGCUGUGAGUGAGGCUACUGAUACUAUCUGCACUGAAAAGGAGGCAUGUCCAAAUGAGAAUGAAUGAAUCACACCUACAAAAGUUGGGAAAACACUGGAAAAGAAUGAAGAACAAAAUCUUAGUCCGGUAUCUCUUCUUGCUAAAUCGCCAUUUGCAGCUCUGGCCUUGGAGGAGGAGGAAGGCGAAAUAGUAGGUCAAAGUGAGGCAGAGAAGGACAUUCAAACUAGUGUGGAAGCAGAGGACAUUGAGGAGUUGAAGAUCCCUGAUUCAUCUAAUAUAUCUCUCCUAAAAACUGCAGCUCCAGCUAGAGAAGUGGGACCUUUGACUCGGCGAUCCUUGCCUUGUCUCUCAAAGGACAAGCACAAAAUUCUAUCAAACUCUACUGUUCAGAAGACGACUGACCCUGGUCAGAGUCUUAUGAAUAAGAAGACCACCCGCAAGAAUAAUUAAUGUCGGGUUUCUAUUGGAACAUCUGAGGUUUCAACAAAGAUAAAAAGCAAUAUGUGGUGAGAGAAUAGAUUAACAAAAAUGCUUUGAAAUUUGGAUGUAUAAUAGAAACUCGAGUAAAAGAAAAGAGGAUGCAACGUAUUGUUUCUUCUGCUUUUUCACACUGGUCGGCAAUAUCAAAUUAUGAGCAUCAUAGACUUGGUAGACUAUGGGUUGUUUGGAGUCCGGAGGUUCGUGUUACUCCGUGUUUUAAGAGUUCUCAGUUAAUAACUGUUUCAGUUUUACUGGAUGGCAUGACAGAGGAGUUCUUAUGUUCUUUUGUCUAUGCCUCUAAUUUCUUUGAGGAUAGAAGGGAGUUAUGGAAUGAUUUGAAGGAUCACCAAGACUCGACUAUGUUUAAAGAUAAGCCAUGGAUAGUUGUCGGCGAUUUUAAUGAGAUUUUGGAGCUGGAUGAGCAUUUGGGGCAUAGUACCGCGACGGUUACUACAGGUAUGCGUGAAUUCCAAGAGGCUAUACACCACUGUCGGUUCUUGGACAUGAAAGCUCAUGGUCCAAAGCUCACCUAGAGUAACAAGAGAAAGGAUGAGCUUAUUCAAAGGAAGUUGGAUAGAACCUUGGUUAAUGACAUCUGGAUUUCAAAGUUCCCUCAAACUUAUUGUGUCUUCGAAGCUGGUGGUUGUUCUGACCAUCUUCGGUGCAGAAUACAGCUCACAUCAGAGACACUGAAACCUAAACGGCCUUUCAAGUUCAUUAAUGUCACUACAUAAUCCCCAGAUUUCCUCCCUUUGGUUGAGAAGUUUUGGGAAUCCACUGUCCCUUUAUUAAGUUCAACUUCUGCUCUGCACCGACUAUCAAAGAAGCUAAAGGAGCUCAAACCAUCUUUAAGAGAGCUAAGCAGGAAACAAGUGGGUGAUAUCACAAAGAAGACGAAAGAAGCUUACAAAACCUUGUGGACUUGCCAGCUAAAUGCAUUGACAAACCCCUCUCUGUUGGUAUUAGAUGAGGAGGCACGGGCCUAUGAGAGAUGGAAUUUACUGUCUAGUAUUGAGGAAAAUGUCCUAAGCCAGAAAGCAAAGGUGCAUUGGUUACAAGUAGGGGAUGGGAAUAAUACAACUUUCCAUAACUAUGCUAAGUGUCGAGCCGUAAAGAAUUCUAUACGGGAGAUUCAAAGAGAGGAUGGUAGUAUUGCUGAUACCCAGGAAGACAUUAAGAAAGAGGCUGUCGAUUAUUUCAAUGGUUUCCUUGGGCACGAAGUUGAGAAUUAUCAUGGGCCAGAUGUUGAAGAAAUUAAAAAACUCUUGGAGUUUCAGUGUGAUGAGGAUGAUAGAGAUGCUUUGUCCAAAGAAGUUACUGAGGAAGAGAUCCGAAAGGCCUUAUUUUCCAUGGCUGGAAACAAGGCACCAGGACCUGAUGGAUAUACAUGUGAAUUCUUUAAGGCUGCAUGGCAUAUAGUUGGUAAGGACUUUGUGGUGGCUGUUAAAGCUUUUUUCGAUACUGGGUUUCUACCAAAAAGAGUGAACUCAACUAUUUUGGCUCUCAUACCAAAGAAGGAGGAAUCUAACAUGAUGAAAGACUACAGGCCAAUUUCUUUUUGUAAUGUUCUAUAUAAGAUCAUUUCAAAGCUCAUGGCGAACAGACUGAAACUGGUCCUUCCUAAGUUCAUUGAGCCAAACCAAUCAGCUUUUGUAAAGGAUCGCCUCCUCAUGGAAAAUGUACUACUUGCUUCAGAACUAGUCAAGAGUUACCAUAAGAGCACUGUCUCGGCCAGAAGUGCUAUUCAGAUUGACAUAUCAAAGGCUUUUGACACAGUACAGUGGCCAUUUCUGCUAUCCACUCUUGCAGCGCUGGGCAUUCCGGAAAAGUUUAUUUUAUGGGUUGAAAAAUGUGUUUCUUUGGCCUCUUUCUCGGUGCAAGUCAAUGGAGAGCUUGCCGGAUAUUUUAAUAGCAAAAGGGGAAUCAGACAAGGUUGUUCUUUGUCACCAUACCUGUUUGUUAUUUGUAUGCAAGUGUUGUCGAAAAUGCUUAACAAAGGUGCUGCAGAAAAGAGAUUUGGAUACCAUCCUUACUGCCAAGGACUUAAGCUUACACAUCUCAGCUUUGCAGACGAUUUGCUAGUCUUUACUGAUGGGAAGCGCCAAUCCAUUGAAGGUAUUAUAAAUAUUUUCAACCACUUUGCUGAGAUGUCGGGUCUACAUAUCAGCAUGGAAAAGACAACAAUCUUUCUCGUUGGUGUUCAAGAUACUGAGAAGCAAGAGCUCCUUGACACUUUUGCUUUCGCCCAUGGUGACUUACCAGUGAGAUACCUCGGGUUGCCGCUGUUAACUAAACAAAUGACUGUAAGAGAUUAUGCUCCUUUGAUUGAGAAGAUCAGAGCUCGUAUUGGUUCCUGGAAAGACAGAUUUUUGUCUUUUGCCGGUAGACUGCAGUUGAUUGGAUCUGUUAAUCACAGUCUCACAAACUUUUGGAUAUCAGCAUUUAAAUUACCAAGAAACUGUAUUCAAGAAAUUGACAGUCUCUGCGCAGCGUUUCUGUGGUCGGGAGCUGAUCUGAAUACAAAUAAAGCAAAAGUUAGUUGGAAGGAUUGUUGUAGGCCAAAAGAAGAAGGAGGCUUGGGACUGCGGUCUCUUGAGGAAGCAAACCAGGUCUCUUUUUUGAAGUUGGUAUGGCGUAUCCUAUCUUCAAAAAAUUCUCUUUGGGUGAAAUGGGUGAGACGUUAUCUAAUCCGCAAGGGAUCUUUAUGGACAGUAAAAGAUAGUAGUUCUCUUGGCUCGUGGAUGUGGAAGAAGCUACUCAAGUGCAGAGAAGUUGCUGCUGUAUUUUCGAAGAUGAAAGUUCAGAAUGGCAUGUCAACGUCUUUCUGGUUUGAUGACUGGUCAGAACUAGGAUGUCUAAUGGAUAAAACAGGAGCUGGUGGACCUAUGAAUAUGAGUAUUCGACUCCAUGAUACAGUUGCUACAGUAAUCCAAAAGCACAAGAGAAGAAGACACCGAGUGGAGCUUUAUAAUCUCAUCGAGCUGGAGAUUUUGAAGGUUAAAAACAGAGGGUUGCAGAGUGAAGAGGAUAUCAGACUAUGGAAGUGUGGUGAUGAUUAUAAACCGAGCUCUACUACCAAAGAAACUUGGAAGCUCUUGCGAGGGAUGCAGGCACGAGUUGACUGGUUCGAAGGUGUGUGGUUUCGCUACAGCACUCCAAGGUUCUCCUUCCACACAUGGGUCGCAAUCCUGGAUAGACUGCCUACUGGAGAUCGUAUAUCGCUAUGGAAUGGUGGCAUUGCGGUUAUGUGUCCGCUGUGCAAGGACUGUCCUGAGACAAGAAACCAUCUGUUUUUUCAGUGUAAAUACUCGGGGGAGGUGUGGUCGAGUCUCACUAGAAAGCUUUUGAGGAUGGAUUAUACCAAUGUGUGGGAUGACAUUAUACCCCUUCUCACUAAAAGGCAAAGCAAACGAGGAAUGUGGAAUCUCGCCGGGGUUCCAGUCGUCAUGACGCAAUGGAAGCCGUUUGUUGAAGAAGAAAAACCAGAGGAAUCCAUCCCGUUAUGGGUUCACUUACGAAACGUCCCUUUAAACAUGUUCUCUUGGAAAGGUCUUAGCUUUGUGACGAGUCCAGUGGGUGUGCCUGUGAGACUUAACCCAGACACAGCACAAUGCAAGGAUCUCGAGGUUGCAAAAGUUUUCGUGAAUGUUGACUUGACGAAGGAACUGCCGAAAACCAUGAACUUCAGUUUUCAAGGAAAGGACAUGCUUAUUGAGUUUACUUACUCUCGGUUACCGGCUAAGUGUACUGCAUGUGAGAAGUGGGGCCAUCUGUCCUUGGCUUGUCUCAGGAAACCCGUUGUUGUGUCUGAACGAGUGAGGGAGGAACAGAGCAGUGAUAAUAUAAAGGAAGUAGAGGAAACUCAGACUUCUAAGGAGGAAGUAGAUAUUCAGAAACCUGCAACGGAUGCUGCAAUAGAUGCAGCGUUUGAUACCGUCUCAGGUGAUGGGGAUGCAACAGUUACAGCUGUGAGUGAGGCUACUGAUACUAUCUGCACUGAAAAGGAGGCAUGUCCAAAUGAGAAUGAAUGGAUCACACCUACAAAAGUUGGGAAAACACUGGAAAAGAAUGAAGAACAAAAUCUUGGUCCAAUAUCUCUUCUUGCUAAAUCGCCAUUUGCUGCUCUGGCCUUGGAGGAGGAGGAAGGCGAAAUAGUAGGUCAAAGUGAGGCAGAGAAGGACAUUCAAACUAGUGUGGAAGCAGAGGACAUUCAGGAGUUGGAGAUCCCCGAUUCAUCUAAUAUGUCUCUCCUAAAAACUGCAGCUCCAGCUAGAGAAGUGGGACCUUUGACUCGGCGAUCCUUGCCUCGUCUCUCAAAGGACGACCACAAAAUUCUAUCAAACUCUACUGUUCAGAAGACGACUGACCUUGGUCAGAGUCUUAUGAAUAAGAAGACCACCCGCAAGAAUAAUUAA